AUGGUAGAAGAAAAAAGAAAGCUGAAUCCCAUAUCAAGUGAUACAUAUAAUGAAAGGUUUAAAAGAUUAAAAUCGCAGCCUAAUCUCUCGAUGUUAGAUACUAUUAAUAUUAAACUUCUUGAUUUCGAUUUUGAUAAAGUUUGCUGUAUUUCAUCAUCCUCAAUAAAUGUUUAUUGUUGCCUCACUUGUGGGAAGUAUUUGCAGGGUAGAUUAGAGAAUACACCAGCUUUUAUUCACUCAUUAAAUUUCAAUCAUCGUCUGUUCAUUAAUUUUCAAACUUUAAAAAUAUAUAUAUUACCAGAUAAUACUCUUUUCCAUGAUGAGGGUACUAUUUCAGUCAUUAACGAAAUCCGACAUUUAAUUAGUCCAACAUUUGAAGAAGAAGAAAUUAGUACAUUCCCAAAAAGAUGCUUAAGUUUAAACAAAAAGGAAUAUCUCACUGGAUUUGUAAAUCUUAAUAGUACAUCUGAUACAUCCUAUAUAACAACUAUAGUUCUGGCAUUUGCUCAUAUUACACCUAUCCGUGACUAUUUUUUACUAAAGAAGGAUGAUGUAGGUGAUAUUUUAAAAAGUCCAAAUCUAGAAAAUAAGUUGGGUUUGCUAAUUAGAAAGAUUUGGUCACCUCAGUUAGCAAAGCCUCAUAUAUCACCAAACGAAUUAAUAGAUUAUUUAAAUAUUCAUCAAAAGAGUAACAAUGAAUCAACUCCUAGUCAGCAAACUGUUCCCUUAAAAAAUCCAACAACUUUUCUACUAACUUUAAUACAUCAAUUAAGUAAAACAUCAAAUAAUCUGAAAACUAUACUCUUCGAAAAUUUACAAGGUAAAAUAGAUAUAAAAAGUAGUAGUACAGUUACUAAAAAUAUAAUAGAUCAACCUGUAGAUGAUGAAAGUAAAAAAAAAAUCAAAGCAAAGAAUAAAAUUGUGCACACCCCAUUCUGGUUGUUAAAACUUGAAUUACCUAGUAUGCCAAUCUUAAAGAAAGGGUUAAAAGCUGAUGAUAUUCCAAGAGUCAAAUUGGGAACUCUCUUAUCGAAAUAUAAUGGAACCGUUUCCACACACGCAGCUGGAAACCAAUUAAGGUCCUUAAAAUUAAAAAGUUUGCCUAAUUACUUGAUAAUUCAGUACGAUAGAUUUAAAAAUAACUUACAUGUUAAUGGGAUCAAAAAUGGAUUUUCUGUGCGGAAUAGAAAUCAAACUUUAAUUGAUUAUCCAAUGAAAAUGAAACUACUCAAUAGAGAGUAUCAACUAAUAAUGAACAUCAUUCAUAAAAGUAGCUCUAUCCCAGCACUUAAUAAUGUAAACGAUAUUGAUGACACAAGUUCAUGGCUCAUCCAAAUUAAUGAUGAAACAACAGACGAAUGGUGGGAAAUAAAUGAAAGAUCGGUAAGUAGAAAAGAAAAACAACUUUUAUUUCUUGGUGAAGUAUUUCUUCAAAUUUGGAGGGCAAAAUGA